GCGAAAGGAGAGGCGGUAGACUGGAAGUCCGGAUUAGGGUGGAUACUUAAGAGCUUUGAAAUUACAACUUGCUGCUGAGGCGUGUACCGAUUGAGGUGUAAAUUGCCAAACACAGCGAGCAGUCUUGCCCUACCUCUGCUACCCCUCGCAAACAUCGCCCUUUUGACUUGAGACGGCGUAGUGUCAAGUGGUCUGGCGGUGAGGAGACUGGCCUGUCAGGCGACCUGCAGGCGAUCUGCAGGCCUGAGGGGCGAGCCAUGUUCGCUCCCCGAUCGGGCUGGGGGCUCGACUGCCUCAGGCUCGGUCACCUCCGAGUGUGCGUCCGUGAGGCCGCGGGGCGCCGGGCGUGUGUGGCUCCUCAGGCCCAGCGCUACGGUUCAGGUGGGGGCAAGCGCCCGCCCAGGUCCGAGCCCGAGGGCUCUCUGCCGAGCCCCACGCGCGGGACUCUGAGGGAGUGGGCGCUGCUGGUGAGCCCGUUUGGCCGGCUGCGGGCGCGGCUUCCGUGCAACCUGGCUGUGAGGCCGCUGGACCCUCUGACCUACCCGGAUGCCGACCGCGUGCUGGUCGCCGUGAGUGGAGUGGAGGGUGGGGCGCAGGCCCUGGCCAGCCUGCAGGUGAAGUACGACAAGGCGCUGGAGGAGGUGGCCAUUGAGUCUGACACCAUUGACCCCCGGGCGUCCGUGGAGGUGCAGGCGCCCCUGAAGUUUGAUUUGAAUAUCAAGUCAUCAGGGUCUGGCUGUAUAAAAGUCCAAAAUAUUGAGUGUGAUAAUUGCAAAAUUGAAACUGAGCAGGGGACUAGCACCUUACACUCUGUUAAGAGUCAAAAAUUACAUGUUCAUACAAAAGGAGGCAAGGUGAUCUGUCUGGGAACAGUUUAUGGAAAUAUAGAUAUUCAUGCAUCUGAUAAAAGUACUGUGACUGUAGAUAAACUGCAAGGAAGUUCUGUUAAUAUUUCUACUGAAGAUGGUUUGCUGAAAGCCAAGUAUCUUUAUACAGAAUCGUCAUUUCUAUCUUCUGCUGCUGGGGAUAUUACAUUAGGAAGUGUUCAUGGCAAUAUAACAUUACAAAGCAAGAUGGGUAACAUCACAGUAGAUUCCUCCUCUGGAUGUCUAAAAGCCUCAACUCAUCAGGGUGUCUUAGAUGUUUAUGUCAGCCAACUGGGGAAGGUGGAAUUGAAAUCCCAUAAAGGCUCUAUUCUUGUCAAGGUUGCAUCAUCUCUUCAAGCUCAUUUACAGUUAUCAGGAAAAGAGGUUGAUGUGAACUCAGAAGUCCAUGUUCAAGAGAUGGCUGAAGAUCAUAAAGAUGGAGGUGUAAUAAUUACUGGACUCAUGAAUCAAGGAAGCAGACCUGAAAAGUGGAUUAAGGCUGAUGCCCCAAAAGGCACUGUAAGUUUUAGAAGUCAAAGCUGGUUUCAGUCCCUGAAACUGCAGGACUAAGGAUGGUUUGAGUUAUAAUUUAUAAUUUUAACAAUGAUUAGUAGA